GCUGACGGUACUGCCAGCACCGCACACGCAGCAGGAACCUCAUCACGUCCGACUGCUUCUUCCUCCAUAACUCCUGCAUGUACUUGUACGCUCCCAUGAUGCCUCACCUGCAGCGCCAGAGAAACAGUCAUGCUUCAGGAGAAGAAGCGAGGGGUCAUCUCCCGGAAGUGAAGCACACAGUGAUGACACCGAACGUCUCCCAUUGAUAAUGAUUUCUCAUUGAUCAGAUGUGUAUCGUCUGUCAGAGCGCGUGAGGAGUGAUUAUGGGGAAGGGCUGUAAGGUGGUGGUUUGUGGGAUGGCAUCUGUGGGGAAAACAGCCAUCCUGGAGCAGUUACUGUACGGCUCUCACACUGUAGGGGCAGACACGAGCGACACUCAGGAGGACAUAUACGUGGCAUCUGUGGAGACGGACCGCGGCGUGAGGGAGCAGUUACGCCUCUACGACACAAGAGGGCUGCGAGAGGGGCUGGAGUUACCCAAACACUUCUUCUCAGUGGCGGACGGCUUCGUGCUGGUCUACAGCGUCGACAGCCUGGAGUCCUUCAGAAGAGUCGAGCUCUUGAAGAAGGAGAUCGACAAGUCCAGAGACAAAAAAGAGGUGAUGGUGAUGGUGCUGGGGAAUAAGUGUGACCUGCGCGAGCGGAGGCAGGUGGAUCAGGACGCGGCGCAGCAGUGGGCGCGCGGAGAGAAGCUCAAACUCUGGGAGGUGACGGUCACAGACAGAAGCUCUCUGAUCGAACCCUUCACCAGCCUCACCAGCCGCCUCACUCAGCCCCAGAGCAAGUCUGCCUUCCCUCUGCCCGGCCGCAAGAGCAAGGGCACGCCGUCCAGCGACAUCUGAGCAGCUCACACUACCACACAUCAGCUCUCUACACUUACCUUCUCUCUGUACUUUAGAAGAUUAAGGGCUUCUAGUGAAAGAGGUUAGCUAGGACUAGAUCUGUUCACACUCAGAAAUACAUGCACUUCAUCUAUUGUGUUGUUGUUGUAUUUGUGCGCAAUGAUGGAAAAUAUGAGUGAAAGGAAAAUGACUACAAAACUACAAAUCUUGUGCAAACAUUGUUCGUGCAAACAAAACACCAGAAUUAAUCGGAAGGAUAAGAACUUAUUUUUGGACUGUUAAGAUCUUUUAGACCAUUAAAAACUGUAUUCUGAAACUCUAAAGCUAAGUAUUUCAGUGUCAUUAGCACAGUUAUUCCAGAUUUAACACUGAGUUUAUGUAUUUAUCAUUAUUCUCGUUUAGGGUUCUAUCAAUUCAAUACUGUUUUACACUUUAAAUAUAUUAUAAAAUUAUAUGUGUUUUCUAAAUUAAUGUAAUUUAUUAUGGGAUGGAAAAUGUUAGGGGUGUUAAUCUUCCUUGGCUUCAUGAUUCAGUUAAGAUUAUAAUGUCAACGAUUCAAUUUAAUUCGAUAUCACAAUGCAUCGCACCCUAAAUUUUACAAAUAUUUUUUCAAAUACAUCAAAUGCGCAUUUUUUGUGAAAUUAUAUAAGCUGGGUAUUUUUUAUUUUUUUUGAUAAUAACAAAAUAAUAAAUAAAAAAAAAUAUUUAACCAACAAAAUAUAACUUAAAAACAAUAACAAGUGAUAAACAACAAGUAAUUUCAGUAUCUGAGAGUGCUUUAAGUCACCGAAAGUUUACAGACAAUCAUAGGUAUGGGUUUUUCUUGCUGUUUGAUUAUUACUGAUGAGAUCAGUGGCAGCGUUUAUAGGCUGCAUUCACACUAAUGCACCGAUCUGUAUCCACAUAUCAGAUGUUUUGUCCUGUUCUGAAAAUAUAGCUGCGUUUACAUCAAUUUUGUAUUAUAAAACAUUUGGAGAUGCAAGAUCAUUUAACCACCGCCGCACGCUUCAGGAGAACAAACACAAAGCAAACGCUGAAGUCUGUCAGUGAGUUUAGUGCAUAACGCGUUCCUCACGGCAUUGAUGAAAGCAUAUCUAAAGUAAAACACCGCAAUAACGUGGUGGAUGCACACCCUGUCAGGUGAUGCACACUUGAUUUCCCACAUGGAAACAACAUGCAUUUAACGCAGGAAAGACUCGUAUUUAACAUAUUGUUGACUUGUUAAAAUUCACGUGUUUUUGACCCUUUUGGCCUUCCAUAGAAGUGCUUCAAGAUGUCCGUUCAUGAAAAUGUGGCAACAUUAGGUCAUGUUAAAGUCAUAUAGUGUGUGUGACAAUGUCUUCCAGCAAGUACUUCCAAAACUAACUCGGCUGUUCUUGCAUUUCGUCUCAAAGCUUUAGAAACCCAGAGCUAUAAUCAUGUUCUCCUGAGAUGAAGCCUGUAGCGGUUUGUGUAAACGCGCAGGAAAACUCUUCAAGCACGGUACCUUAGUUGCUGCAGUCAGAGGAAAAUGCAAUGGACAUUUGUGAAAUCCUUGUCCUAGGAACCCGUUCUAAUUUAAUAAAAGCUAGCUCCUUAAAUACAUAUGGUGUCUUAUUCACAAUGUAAUGAGAUGAUUCAACCAAAUAAAUGCUUAUUGACUG